AGCGGCAAGAACCGGCGUGCAUUCUUGGCACGCGGGCGUCUUCGAUAAUAGGUCGUCGGUAGGAUCACGGACGGACAGAGGCUGGAAUCAACGCUACGCCAUACAAGCCUGCUUCCUCUUGGCGGACCACUCGUGGGCAACAACAUUUGGCCGUCAGUCGUCCCUCGCCGCUUCGCAGCCCUCGCGCAGGUGGACAAAUACCAGUCGGUUUGCUUUGAUUUCAAGCCCAGAAAUCGAAGACCAGGUGAGAUCAUGUGGUGCUCCAGGUAACUCCGCGGGAUCGUCUCGGGGCGCCGAAGUUGUCGUCACUGCAUAAGACCCUCACCUUUCGGCUUAAAACGUGCUCACCAAGUUUUUGGUCAUUCGAACGUAUAUGCGAUGCUGCACUGAACUAAUGUGCGUCCUUAGUAAAGUAACCUCCGCCAUAUCCAGCUCAAGGAAACUAAGAGAUCAUGAGCGGAAGCCAGUGUGCGCAAUUGGUCCAGCAACGGCAAUCCCUCUGCCGAGACUUUUCAACUACGUAUGCCAUUAAUAAAUGGGUGUACGCAUUUCUGGGCCACAUUUUCAUCAUCGUGGGAAGCCUCGUUGGUCUUUCCCUUCUGCCUGCGCUGCUGGUCAGCAACCACUUGCAUCAGGCCUUCUUCGCCUCCUUCUACAGAAUGUGCCAGUGGAUCUGGGGAAAGAGCUUUGCCGAAGUGCGACGCAACCUACUGGUGCGACUUGACGACUUAGUGUCACACAGCGAGUCGCUCAAGGCUCGAGGAGCCGUGCGUGUGCUGGAGGUAGGCCCCGCCUUCGGACCCAACCUGGAGUUUAUGCGUCGACCCGUCGAGUACUGGAAGGUGGAGCCAAACACUCAGUUCGACGAAGCGUUCCGAAAGAACCUCGAGGCGAAUCCAAAGGUGCAGCUGAAACGUUCCAUCUGCGGAUACGGCGAGAACAUGGACGUGCUGCCGAACGGCUACUUUGAUGCAGUGCUGUUAACUUACGUACUCUGCUCUGCGCAAGAUGGCCGCAAACUUCUCGAUGAGUGCAAGCGUGUUCUCGCAAAGGGUGGCCUUCUCCUCUUUAGCGAGCACGUGGGUCAUCCCCAGGGCAGCCUGGCAAGAUUUAUCGAAGACAUCUUCACCCCGUUAGCCAAGAAUGUCGCCUGUGGCUGCCACUUGAAUCGUGAUAGCGCGGACUUGAUAAGAAAUUCUGGCUUUGCCAGCGUUGAAAUGCAAGAGGUAGACCUGGACAUUCCGUUUGUGGUAAGCCACCAAAUAUAUGGCGUUGCCACAGCAUAAACAGUCGAUGCAAGCAAGCUUUGCAUAAACGUUUCUGACACUGCUGUCCUAAUAAACAUGUCUUCAUUUGCAACAAAUACA